UGCCGAAAUUCCCAACACAAGAUUCCCGAGCUGUGCUUGGAGAUUCUCAUUUUUCUCGUUGCAUCUUGCAUUGAAUCGAUUGAAUCUAAAGAAUUUCGUAAACGAAUUUAAAGUUAUUAAUUGUUAUGUGAAAGUGAUAACGAUAUUAUUUAUAAAACUGAGUUACUGGAUUCUGCACUGUAAACUUUGUUUUGGACAUCAUUAGACAACUCAUUUAAAAUAUUCAACGCCAGCGGAGGAAUGGAGCGACGAUUAAAAAGUAAGACAUCAAGUAUGUCGCAAGAAGAAAAUGUAAGUAACGCCAAGAGGCCUCGGAUGUCACGAAAACAUAAUGUAAACAAUAAAGGAAGAGACAAUGAUGAAUCGGUUGAUCUAACUACGAAGAACGAACUUGACAGUGAAGCAGAAGAAGAGAGUAAUGUGGAUCAAGAAAUAGAUCAUGCGCCUAUAGAGAUAUACAGUUCUAGUGACGAAGAAGAUUGUGAAUCGGAAAAGGAAAAUAAUGAAGAUGAACGGCCAAUUCGAACAAUGUUCCAAGGAUUUGCAUCAAUGGCUGGAAUGCUUGUUCCACUGAAAAAUUAUGCACAAUUAGCAUCAAUAGAUCACUUAUUAUUAGAACUAACAGUGGCUGUGCGGUACAAUAACACUUACGAUCAACUUUUGAGGCGAUUGCAACUAUUGAAAAAGACAUAUGUUCAUAUAAAUGUACCCACAUCAAAGAAUGCCUUGUGGAAGACAAUUGGAAGAGAUGACUCCAGCUUGGUAUAUCGUUUAUACUGUGAAAUGUGCCAGGAACUUGUAGGAAAUGGCAAAAACGUGGAAAGAAACUGCAAGUGUGGAGCUUGCGGUCCGCAUAAAGAAGAAACAUGUGUAGGAACUUUUAUCCAAGUACGUUUAGCUCCGCAGAUAAAGGAAUUUUUGGAUUCGCCGAAAGCAGCCGAAGCUCUACGAUAUAAAGAAAGGAGAGUAAAGACAGAUCCUAAUGCGCUGGAAGAUGUAUUUGAUGGUCGGGAAUAUAAACACUUGUCCGAAGAUGGAUUUUUACGGAACCGGAAUAAUUUCACACUUUCUUUCUGGACGGACAAAUUAAACCUCACGAAAUCUUCGAAAUCUAGAUACUAUCCAUUUCUUCUACAACUUAAUGAGUUGUCGCCUCUGGCUAGACAGAGAAAUAUGUUUCUAGCGGGACUCUGGAUUGGGAAACAAGAUCCUAAUAUGGGAGAAAUAAUGGAACCGAUAGUUGAUGAUAUUAACGAACUCUACGACGUUGGGAUUCGUUGGAAACCUGAUGGGGAACAAGAGGUACUUAGUAAAUUUGUGGUCGCUUUCUUUACAACAAGCUCGGUUGUUCAACCAAUGGUCUUGAGAAUGAAUCAGCACUUUGAAGAAUUUGGCUGUUUGUUCUGUUUCGCGAAAGGAAAGUGUAUUGGAAAGGAAAGGAUCUACGAUUCUACGGUGUCAGAUUUACGUACCUGGGAAACAAUGAAAGAAGACAUAACUAAGGUAAUGAAAACUGAAAAAGAGUCGAGAGGUGUCGUUGGUUGCUCCCGAUUAGCAACUCUCAGAACAUUCGAUCUCAUUAAGGGUCAAGUUGUCGACAAUGUUAACAAUGAUUAUUUGGGUAACGCUAAGAAAUUCAAUCAAUUGUUCCUGAAAAAUGUUGGAAAGCCUUGGUACAUCGGCAAACGGGACAAGAUAAAAGAAGUCGAUAAUAUUUUGACAAAAAUUGCUGUACCUUCAAUCCUCACAAUUUCAAAGAAACCUCGUAGUAUAAACACAUCGAACAGUUGGAAAGCUUCCGAGUGGCGCAACUAUCUUUUGUACUUCAGUCUUCCUUGUCUUGACGAAAUCCUACCGGAACCGUACUUCAGUCACCUAGCCAAAUACUCCGAGGCGAUGUUCAUUUUAAACAGUGCGUCAAUCUCGAAUACAGACUUAAUGAAAGCAAAACGUUACUUAGACGACUUCGUUAAUGAUACUCAAAAGCUCUACGGUGAAAUUAAUAUGCAGUUCAGUGUCCACUUCAACAGACAUUCGGUCUUCCCGACGGAAAACUGGGGCCCUGCGUGGGUGUUUUCGACUUUGCCCUAUCAGUCGAUGUGUACACCCAUCGCGGAUUCGAUUAUAACUCCGAAACAUCGAGCAGAACAGUUCGUGACUAGGUUCUUCAUGAAGAAGUUUGUUUUACGUACCGCUGAGCAGGAAAAAAUUAGCAAUGUGACAAGAAAGGAAAUUUAUGAUCUUCUAGACAAGAAAAAUGUAGAAAGUAAUUUCGUUGGAGAAGGAACCCCGAGAAAGUGUCACGCCAGUUCGGAAGUAAUUCAACUGAUCAAUGCGAAAAAGGGAAAAAAUGAGAAAAUAGAGAAUACGAUAGUAAGUUACUUUCAGAAAGCAACUAUAAAUGGUGUUAGUUACGCCAUAAAGAUGGCAAAACAAAAAUUUUGUAAUCACAUCGCGUACUGCCAUGACAAGAAAUUCAUAGUCAUCAAGAAUAUAAUAUCCUAUCAACAGGGGAGAGAGACAACUGCCGGUUUUAUUGCCGAAGAAUUAAAAGACCUUGGAGGAGCUUAUAACACAGAGUAUAUAAGAUUUGUCGAACCGACAAAAAAUAACGUUUUUAUUUCAUACCUCGAUGUUUCAGCGCCGGGAAUAUUGAUAAAGGCAAAGAAAGGGACUGUCGCUGUCCACCUUUGUAACUGCUUGGAAACUGAUUAAGGAAGAAAAGCAGAAUGAAUGUUUAAUUAAGAAGAACAGUAUUUUCGACGUUUAUAUUUUAUUGAGUUUAUUUUUAUAAUAUUUAUUGAGGAAAAUUAAAGAGAUGUUGUUGAUAAUUAGUCACUAAAAAUAAAUAUUAUAUAUUUUGUCAAUAUAGAUUUAAAAAGAAAUUAAAAUUGUGGACCGAAUUAAUCGUUACCACAAGUAAAAAUGUUCUAAGAGUUUAAAUUAUGUACUUAAUUACAUAACUAUUUUUAUACUGCAAGUUCUAAUCGUGUUUUUUUAAUAAAAAUUAUCGUUCGUACAAACAAA